UUAAAUGAGGGAGUCUAGCAGAGAGAGAGAGAGAGAGAAGGUUUAUGGCGCAGUGCCCAUGGCGGCGUCGCAGGGAGCUCUAAUUCCGUGCCAUUAUUGCAUCGAACUCCGAUAGAAAGAUAAAAACUGCAGCUCAACCCCUCUCACCCCCAACCCGCACCCCCCCCCCCCCGGAAAAAAAAAAAAAAAGAAGAUAGUACCUUUCUCUCUCUCUCUCUCUCUCUCACAUUCUCUCGUACUACUUUAACUACAGUCAGUCUCUCUCUCUCUCUCUCUCUCUCUCUCUACUCUCACUCUUCUCAAUCUCCAUCACUAGACCAGACCCUGUUCCUCUUAACCCUAACGCCCAUAAAAGAGAAGAGAAUCGAGCUGAUCCAUAUCGGCUAGCUGUUGUUGGGACGUUGGGGUGGAUCCAGCUUGACAUGGAUUUGCACCCGAGAUCGGGGGGGCUGAGGUGGAGUAGCUGCAAAUGGCUGGCUGGUUCUAUCUAGGCAGCGCCAGGGACCACCUUAGUAAAGCCGAGGAAGAAGCUGCCGAGGAGCAGGGAGGAGGAGGAGAUCAUCGAGCCGCGAUCUACGGCGCAAACACGACCGGCAACAAGGGUUUCGAGCUAUGGCCCCAGUUCUUCCCCUCGUUUGGGGUGGGUCUUAACAUUAACGGUGGUGGCGGUGGAAAUAACAGCCAUAAUAAUAGUAACAAUAGUGGUAGUAGUGCCAGCGGCGUGAGGAGGGCCGCCACCGGGUUGAUCGAUUUCUCGGAUGAGUGUUGGAGAUCGUCCACGACGUCGGGUGGGAUGAGGCAGGGGGGGCUCGGCGGCGGCGGCAUAAACUGCCAGGACUGCGGCAACCAGGCCAAGAAAGACUGCACCCACAUGAGGUGCCGGACUUGCUGCAAGAACCGAGGGUUUCAGUGCCAAACCCACGUCAAGAGCACCUGGGUCCCCGCCGCUAAGCGUCGCGAGCGCCAGCAGCAGCUCGCAGCUGCUAUGCAGCAGCAGCAGCAACCGCAGCAGUUCCGGCUCAUCGAGCACCCGAAGAGGCAGAGGGAGGAUCCUAACCAUCAUCAGACGCAGCAGCUCGCCACUCGACCGUCUUCAGGGUUGGAGGUCAGACAACAGUUCCCGCCCGAGGUGAGCUCUCCAGCGCUCUUCCGGUGCAUGCGGGUGAGCGGGAUGGAGGACGCCGACGAGGAGUUCGCGUACCAGACCUCGGUCAACAUUGCGGGGCACGUCUUCAAGGGAAUUCUCUACGACCACGGUCCGGAGAGCCGGUACACUGGUGUGGGGGGUGGUGAGGGGUCCUCGGGAGGGGGAGGAGCCCAACAGUAUCUAAUGGCUGGAUCUACUGCAGCCACUACCUCGGCAGCAGCUGCCACUGGCAGCAACCCUACCAUGAUCGACCCUUCACUGUAUCCGGCUCCACCCUAUGCGCUUAUGGCCGGUACGCAAUUCUUCCAACCACCGAGGUCCUAAAAUUGACAGGAUCAUCAUCGAUUCAUGGAAUUAAUUGCCACCUAGCUCGCUAGCUCUUGACCGCAUUUGCUCGUAGUUAGCUACUUCCUUAAUAUUGUCCUUCUAGGGCUCGUAAAGUGAACAUCAUUUUCUUUCGUUAACACAUCGAUCAAACUAGCGGGGCAGAUUGUUCCUUUUUGUGUCACUGUUGUACGUUGAUGUUCUAAUUAAUUUGGUUUAGCGCAUAGGAAUUAAGUCGACGACAGACAAUCAUCUUGAGAGAGGAAGAGGGAAUGGGAAUUGGUUAUCAAUUACUAUGUGGAUGUUUGUCCUUUCUAAUUUAUGAGAAUUUUCUUUCAAGAA